CAGUUGAUUGAUUAUCUAAAUUAGAUUGUUAUUUUCAAAUAUAAAUUCUAAUAAUUUAAUUGAUUAAAUAUUUAAAUUUGAUUCUUGCCUUAAUCUACUGUCCCAUUAAGAUUUUAAUAAGUAAUAAACUGAUUGAGGGUCUAAAUUCACUUCUACUCAUAAUAAUUUCUCCUUUAUGGGGAUAGAUUUUCGUUAUUUUGAUUUCAAUGAAAAAUUAAGAAUUAAAAGAAAAAGUGCAGGAAAGUAGAAACGUGGGUUGCGUCAUUUAUUGCUUUGAUGCACAUAAAAAGCCAUUAUGAAAUUGCCAAGUUGACUACAAAAAAUUUGCAGUUCUGCUUUUUGUUACCUUUACAAACUUACUAAUAUGAGAAACACAAUAUUAUUAUUAUUAUUAUUUAUUUCUGUAAACAAAAGAUUCCCAACUCCAUCGCAACUUUCCUACUAUUUCUCGCAUAUGCGUAGCAUUCAUAUUUAUCUUCAUUGGACUCUAUUGUUACAAAUUAAAAAUACAAAAAAAUUAUAUUAUAAUCUCUGCGUUUACCAUUACUGAUGAUAUCCCCUGACUUUAUAAUAAAAAAAAGAGAAUAUUUUCUUUUGUUCAGAGACCCAAACAAAAGGGCUGUUUCAUUGUGAAAUUGAUUUGAUUGCUGUGUGUUUUCUUGAUUAAUUCUUAUGAAAUUCGGUAAAGAGUUCACAACGCAUUUAGAAGAAACCCUACCCGAAUGGAGGGACAAGUAUUUGUGCUACAAACCCCUCAAGAAGCUUCUCAAGAACCUUCCAUCCACCGCCGAUAAUCUUCCCGACGGCGCUGACAAUCCUCCGCAGGACUGGUUCGUCAGAAUUCUCAAUGAGGAACUUGACAAAUUCAACGAUUUCUAUGUCGAUAAAGAGGAGGAAUUUAUUAUUCGAUUACAGGAAUUAAAGGAACGAAUUGAAAGAGUGAAAGAGAAGAGUGGCAAAGAUGGAGCUCUCACAAAAGACAGUGAAUUUAGUGAUGACGUGAUGGGUAUACGUAAAGACUUUGUUGCCAUACAUGGGGAGAUGGUUCUUCUUAAAAAUUACAGCUCUUUAAAUUUUGCAGGUCUUGUUAAGAUUUUGAAGAAGUUCGAUAAACGAACUGGGAGAUUGUUGCGUCUCCCUUUCACACAACUUGCUCUUGAUCAGCCCUUCUUUACAACUGAGCCUCUGAAUAGAUUAGUUCGUGAGUGUGAGGAAAAUCUCGAGCUCCUAUUUCCUUUGGAAGCAGAAGUUGUAGAAUCAGAUGCUACUGCAGAAGAGCCGACGGGAGCAACUACUUCUUAUGCUUCAAAUGUUUCUCCGGCAUUGCCACUUGGGGAAGAAAAUGUGGAUAUAUAUAGAAGUACACUUGCGGCGAUUAAAGCUAUUCAGGGACUUAAGAAGGCAAGCUCCACAUAUAAUCCACUAUCAUUUUCGUAUAUCUUUGGUAACCAAGAUAAUGAUAGCACAGGCGCUAUAACUGCAGAAAAUUCUGAUUCAGACCAGUCAGUUGCCUCUCAGAGUGAUAAAGAGACAGAUCAAGAGGAUUUCCAUCCACCGGAAUAGAGUUCACCUUUCUAGUUUGCUUCGUUGGUCUUUGCUCAGUGCUUUGUUGUUGACAUAAAAUGGUUAGCUUCUUCAUUGUAUACUACUGUUCUGGAAUAAAUUGCUCUCUGUCGGCAAGUUUGAGCCCCAAGUGGACUUUAGUAAUUCUUGGAUUACUUCUCAUUUGUUUGAAACUUUUAAGAUGUACAUUCUCUUUUCAAGACUUGAACACUCUACUUAUAGAUGUUACCAUUUCUAUUAAUGGUGUGUUUAUUACGUGUCCGA